ACGGGUCCUGUAAACUUUGAGAAUUAAGGGUGAGAUCGCGAACUCAAAAAAAGUAUAAAGUUUAGAAACAGUAUAGUAUAAUUAUUUAUAACAGUAUAAACUUCAGUGAUUCUCAAAGUGAGGUGUUAGUGUUUUGCAUUUAAAAGUAGAAAUUUUUUGGGGAAGCUUUUUUAACUUCGGCAAAGGAGAUGACGCAAAAUGAAAUUCACGCACACCAAUUAUUCUCGAGGAGUACCACACGAGGGACCAAAACCACGCAAUCAACUCGACGACUCUCGGGGAAUAAUCCAAAAUGAACUCGCGAGCGAACCAAAUAAUUGAGAUGGAUCAAAAAAUAUGUGGGAACCAAUGUCAGAAUAUAUCGAAAAUAAGCACCUUUACCCUACGACCGCCAGAUAGUGAUGUUAACCGAACUAUAAUAAUAGUUUCGCAAGACGAAAAGAAUGAUACGCUGUUCAACUAUUCAAGUUACUUCAGUGGAUUCAGUGAUUUUGAUAGGACGUUCAACGAAUCUUUUUUAAAUUCCACUUACAAAAACGGAACGUGUAGUGAUGUGCAGUAUAAUUUUUGGGCGUUAUCGUUGAUUAUAUUUCCGUUGCUAACGUUGUUCGGGAACGUUUUAGUGAUUAUAAGCGUGGCUAGGGAGCGCAGUCUGCAAACUGCAACGAACUAUUUCAUAGUGAGUUUGGCGGUCGCUGAUUUGUUGGUAGCGGUUGUGGUUAUGCCGUUUGGAGUUUAUUAUUUGUUCAACGGCGUGUGGGGGCUGCCGCCGGUGGUGUGCGACUGCUAUAUCGCGAUCGACGUCACCUGCUCCACCUCCAGCAUAUUCAACCUCGUCGCCAUUUCUGUUGACAGGUACAUUGCUGUCACACAGCCAAUCAAAUACGCAAAACACAAAAGCAACGCCAGGGUCUGGGUCAUGAUUGCUGUGGCCUGGUUGGUGUCUGGUGCCAUCGGGUCUCCUGUGGUCUUAGGCCUCAACAACACCCCUGACAGGAGUCCUAAUCAAUGUCUGUUCAACAGCACAGACUAUGUCAUCUAUUCAUCACUGGGGUCCUUUUAUAUACCCUGUUUUAUUAUGAUGUUCCUGUAUUAUAGGAUUUUUAAGGCAAUUCGUCAACGUGCGAAAAAGCAACGAGGGCCAAAGAAAACCACAUCCGCAGUGAGUUGCGCAGUGUCCAGUGGCACAGCAGCUGUGGUCAUAGAGAACAUUGCGCAAACGCAUCGCUUCGACGACGUGCCAGAGGACAGACCUACAAAUACCAACACUGGAUCUGGUAGCAAUGAGGACGAUGACGAUAAUUUUGACAGAUCAGAGAUGGGCGUGUAUGUGGAGGAGCUGGAAAAUACGAGGUCAACGAGGUUCAUGCUUGCCGCUGUUGUGGAAGAAACUGGCCUCAUCAUGGCCAACUUAGCAUCACCAAUACCGAUGAUGGAUCCCAAUACUAACAACGACUCAGGGUACGCUCCGUCCAACAUGGACGUGGAUAAGGACCAUACACCACCACCCUCGCCCAAAGAAGAGAAGAAGAAAGAUGAAAAGGAGCUACCUAAGAAGCCUGAACUUAAGAAGAAGCUCAGCCGCCUCAGCAACAGCUCCCUGAUCUCAACUCCAAGACGCCGGUUCAGGUCGGCGGCCUCCGCGGCGCGGUUCACGAUCUUCCGAGCCAACAGAGCCGGCAAGCUCAGGGCCAAGUCCUUUGCCAAGAAAGAGAAGAAGGCUACGCAGACGCUGGCUAUUGUUUUGGGCGUUUUCCUUUUCUGCUGGGCACCGUUCUUCACCUGUUCAGUUCUGGACGCCAUCUGUACCAAGUUCGGCUUCGACUAUUCUCCAGGAGUCACCGUCUUCAUCCUCACAACUUGGCUCGGAUACAUCAACUCAUUCCUCAACCCUGUCAUCUAUACCAUCUUCAACCCUGAGUUCAGAAAAGCAUUUAGAAAAAUUCUUCAUUGUUCGUAGCGUUUGGACGUUUAUAUGGUCUAUACUUAAACUACGCUUAUUUAGCUAAACUGUAUCAACUCCUUGGUAGUGACUAAAUUACAUCAACUCCUUAGUUGUUAUUAAUAACUACCCUCAAAACGUUGUAAGGAUACAUCAAUUCAUUCCUCAAUCCUGUAAUCUAUACCAUCUUCACUAUUGUAAACAUUUGGACUUUUAUAUGGUCUAUACUUAGACAACGCUUACUUGGCAAGACUGUAACAACUUCUUGGUAGUGACUAAAUUACAUCAACCCACUCCUUAACUCUAUAAUAUACACAAUCUUCAACCCUGAGUUCAUUAAAGCUUUUAGGAAAAUUCUUUACUAUUCGUAGCGUUUG